GUGUGUGUGUGUGUGUGUGUGUGUGUAUACGCGUGCGUGCGUGCGUGCGUCUCCCAGGAGCACAGUUCAAAGUGACUAACGCAUUCUUCUGCGCUCCACAAUGUGCCGUAUCGCCGCCUUUCCGCGUCUCGCCGGCUCGGGCGCAUUCCUCGGCUGACUCGCGCGGCACCGGAACGGGAAGUGGAUAAAGAACGUCUGCCCGGGUGUCGGCGGGCCGCUCGGCGCUCUGAUCGCAUUCCAGCGCCGCUCGACGCCGGCAAAAUAUUUGCUCAGGCCGUCGGCGAGAUACUUGAGGCGUGAGCUACUGUGUCGGGGCCCAUUGUGCGGCGCACAAUGACAUCGGGGCCCCUUCCUCCUGGGCCGCAGGCGCCCAGCUCCUCGCGUCCUCCCUCUGUGUCCUCCUUCGGUGUCCCCUCUCCGCUCGGCGCUCUGCUCUUCUCCUCCUUCUCCUCCUUCUCCUGCUCCUCGCUGUUGAGGAGUAACGGUGGCCAAAGCUCAUUUCCAGAAGCUUCCAGGAAACGACAGCGUUUGCAGGAAACGCCUCGAUCGCCUCCCGGAAACAGCCGGAAGGCCACGUGUGCUCUGGGUAAAGUUUACCGCAGUGCACUUCAUUCUUACAGCGUGAAGCUACUUGUUAUAAUUUUUUACCCAUUUAUACACCGGGGUCAUUUUACUGGACCAGUUUAGGGUAAACGCCUUGAGGUGGGAGUUGAACCUGAGACGUUUGGAUCCAAACUACUACCGUUGUGUCCUGAAAGCAGAUUGAGAGCCUUGAAGUGUUUGUGGCAUGUGUGGUAACCCCCCCACCCGCUGGAACAGAUGACAUCACAGUGGCUGCUGAUGUUCAGCUUAUGUACUUUGUAUUGAUUAGUUGAAAAAUUAUCAUUGCGACUGCACACAAUGGACUGUAGUAGUGAGUGGGUAUGGAGGGUAUAUAUAGAGGGUACAGUGGUGUCAGUGGGUACGGGGGUUAUAUAAAAGGUAUAGUGGUGUCAGUGGGUACUGAGGGUAUAUUUAUUGCACUGGGACUGUGAAUGAGAGGUUCCGUGUCAAUAGCGCGCACACACACACACACACACACACAGUGGGGGUGACGUGCUGCACAAGCCGCGUGCCCUCAGUGUGUCAGGAAUGCAGUGGCAGCUGGAGCAGCAGCACUGUGUAAACACGGAGGGGGGCGGGGGGGGGCGUGAUGUCACUCAGUCGCCGGUAUAAGUAGAGGCUCCGGCAGGCAUUCGGUCCCAGAAGCACCUGCUGGAUCGGCGAGCGAGCGGUGCCGGGGACGAGGAGGCGGAAGCAUGGUGUCGUACCGCAUUACGGCGCUGGCGCUGGCGCUCGCUCUCUGCCUGGCAGGGCAAGAAGGAGCGGGUCGCCCCGUGUCCGCCGAACCGGGGCCCGACGCCCGGCCGCCCGCGCAACGGGUUCGAGCGAAGCGCUGCUCCUGCAGCAACUGGCUGGACAAGGAGUGCGUCUACUUCUGCCACCUGGACAUCAUCUGGGUGAACACGCCCAGCAAAACCCUCCCCUACGGUCUAGGAAGGGUCGCGGCCCGACGACUUCGGUCCACGAGCCGCUGCGAGUGCGCCGACCCUGCGGACCGCGCCUGCGCCGCCUUCUGCCGCCACGGCGCUGAGAACGGCUCCCCACAGCCGGAGUCGGACGUGCAGGAGAAGCGUUUAUCGCAGGGUCCCGAAUCCAGGGUGCUCCCCUUCCUCAGGCAGGUGCUCUGAGCGACGCCGCCGGCCGCCGAGCGGGACGGAGCCCGCAGGACGAUGCCUGGGAAGGUACGGGGCAGGAAGCGGAGCCAGACGCGGAAGCGCUCGGGGGCCCCCGUGGAGCCCGGGAUGAGUCGCCGGGACCCCCGAGGACGAGAACGGGACUCGUCGGCCGCGGGUUCUGACCCACGCUUGGCAGAGCAGCCGCUGAGCAGGCGACCCGUGGAAACGAAACCGCUGUGCUGCUCGUGGACCUUUUCUCCGAGGCGACUGACGGUGUUCAUCUGCCCACGGUUAUUUCCGGGUAAUUUUGACCGGAGCAAUCCGGUGGUGCGUGUGUGCGCGUACGCGCGCCCACGUGAGAGAGGGGGACUCGCAGGCAGGAAGCCUCAUCGGCGCUUUAUCAAAACUUGAAUGUGUGUGAAGCGAAGAGACUGAGGCUGAACUUUCCACGAUUCCUUGGGCGAAGAACACGGUAAAGGGAUUCGCGGCGAACCUCGUUACUUCUCCGCCGUGACGCCGGCCGAAGGAUCUCGACGCACUUCGCCGCGUGGAUGGAAGGGUUACCUGAUGGAGACCCCCGAUAACCAGGCGUGACGGUUUCUCCCCUUCGUUCUGUCCAAAACGCUUGGAGAAACAAACACCGUCCCGUUUCGCUGAGCUCGGUCUCUGCGAUCGAUCAAUCAAUCGCCGUGAUCAGCUGCUGAUGUCUUUCUCUAAUCGAUCACGCCGAUUGUGCUCCCGAUCAGUUUGCGUCCAUUUCGAAUGCUGUCGCUUUGCUGUUUACAUGUCCCCUUUGUGGGGACGCUGCACGUCCAGCACCCUGGAAAUGUCUCGCACCGUCCCAGUGAAGUCAUCCACGUAUCGAUUUCUUUGUACGCAGAUGUCACGUGUAAGAUGCUUUCACGCGUAUGAAGAAGAGCCUUGAGGCUGUUUUACUGGAUGAUGAUGAAUAAAGACGUGUUUUGCUACAUGUUA